CUCACCUUCACCACCUGUUACUUUAUCCCGCCUGUCCCAUCACACAACAUCUCAUCCUAUGCGGCUUUGCUCUUGCUAUUAACGUACUGCAUCCUGUCUUUAAUCCGCUUCAGUCACUCCCUUGCGGCCGGUCCUUCGAUGGCGGGUUAAAGCAUGGCACAUCUGCCCCCUCCAUCAUCCAGUUCGACGACGAAGCAUCCGCACUCUCAACCUCACCCUCAUCCGCAAUUACAACCACAACCACACUCGCACCUUCACCUGCCACCCUCCGCCCGCCAACAUCGUCCAGCAUCAGGCGCUCCUGCCAACUUGACUGAACCUGAUUUCCACAAUCUUCUGCCUGUCUCAAAUCCAUCUUCUUCACCUCCGCCUUCUCACAACCCAAGGUAUAUUAAAUACCCUCUUCACUUGAUCUUGCUUUGUCUUCAACCUUGCCUGCCACUUAUCCCUUUCACUGCAACACCCUCCUCCCUCUGCAGUUUCCAUCUCCUCACACCUGCAACCAUAGCCUCUGCUUUGCAUCCCUUCCAUUCUUGUCCUCUUUCAUAAUCUAGAUACGCUCAUCUCCUGUCGAUCCUCGCUCGCUUUUUCUAUUCCUCUUGCCUUGCCAUUUGAUCGAUCUCUCGCUCAUGUCCCGCAGAGUCACUCGCUCUUCUGCGAGGCUCGCAGCAGAGUCUGCCGCUUCCACCACGCCUCCUGAUCCGGCCCCUCUCCUACAUUCUGCUCCACAGCCCUCGAGAAAGCGGAAGGCCCCCGGCCGGCAGUCCUCCAGCCCCAACCUACGCACCGACGACCAGUCCCCUCCCUCGUCUGGUCCGCCUGGAAAGAAGCAAAAGACUUCGGAAGUCAUUCCUCCACAAUCAACAUCUUCUCUUCCUUCAACCCGUUCCACUCGAAGAAAGCCUGCCAACGACCAAGCGGUCAUGUCUAACAAUGGGUCCUCUUCGAAAUAUACAGAUGAAUCUUCAAAGCAGGCACAGUCCAAAUCAACAUCGAGGCGUCCUUCCGGUGGCAAUGGCAAGAAGACACAGCCAGAAUAUUCGCCUCCGUCACAGCCUGCCUCUAACCGUCGAGCGAAGAAGCGUCCCUCGAGGAGAGAACAAGAUCCCACCAUAAAGGAAGACGAUGAUGCAGGCGAAAAGGCAUCGAAUCGAGAGAAGGAAGCCAGUCCUUCUCCCGCUCAGUCACAAAGCGACAGCAACGAUGGAGAUGACCACAGCGCUAUGGACGAAGACGAUGUUCCAGACCCCUUUGCUGCCGCCCUUUUUGGCUCAGGCCGUGGUGGCCAUUCCUCAGGUCUUUCCAGCACCCUUCGAGCCCUGAGUGGGAUGAUGAGUGGCAUGUCCUCCAGACUGAGGGAUAUCUUGACAAAUUUACGUCAAGUCGAUAAUCCCACCAUGCAAAUGCUCGCUCUUGAAGAGCUCUCUAACCUACUCCUCGUUUCCAACGAAGAUAAUCUCUCGGGUCAAUUCUCUCCGGAUCCAUAUGUCAAGGAGUUGGUCGCUCUUAUGCAGCCAAAUCCCAUUACCGGCGAAGAGAAUCCCGAAAUGAUGCUGCUCGCCUGUCGAUGCAUUGCCAAUCUCAUGGAGGCUCUCAGAGGUUCUGUUGCAAACGUUGUCUAUGGUGGUGCAGUCCCCGUCCUCUGCCAAAAGCUCCUUGAUAUCCAGUACAUCGACGUUGCCGAGCAGGCCUUGAGCACGUUGUCAAAAGUCUCGAUCGACUUUCCUGCUUCCAUCGUCCGCGAGGGCGGCCUGACCGCUUGCCUGCAGUUUCUUGACUUUUUCGCCACUGGGACACAGCGUACCGCAGUCACGACCGCUGCAAAUUGUUGCCGCAAUAUCCCCCACGAUUCCUUCCCCGUCAUUCGAGACGUCAUGCCUAUUCUGCUCAACGUGCUCUCCAGCCACGACCAAAAGGUUGUCGAGCAGGGUUGUUUGUGCGUCACACGAGUCAUUGAUAGCUUCAAACGCAGUCCUGAGAAGCUCGAGCAGCUGGUGGACCCCCCACUCCUCAGAGCCGUCUUGGGCCUCCUCCUGCCUGGCACUACCAAUCUAAUCGGAGCAAACAUUCACACCGAAUUCCUUAGAGUUCUCGGCAUUGUCGCUAGUGCCAGCCCCCGCCUGGCCGCCGAGUUGCUCAAGAUGAACGUCGUAGAUACCUUGUACCAAAUCCUCACUGGCGUGUCUCCGCCUUCUGACACAUCUGAUGCCGCGUCCAAGAUUGACAGCGUCGUUAUUAUGCAAGCGCUUAUCCAUCGGCCACGGGAACAAAUUUACGAGACCUUGAAUGUCAUCUGCCAACUAUUGCCGCCACCUCAGAUCAAUCGAGAUCUUGACCACGAGCUCUACGAAGACCUCGACGAUGGCGUGUCCGAUGAGGUCGAUGAGUCGAGUGGUGAACCCGUCUCACGAGCCACCAAGAGAAUGGAGUUACUCCAAGGCUGCAAAGCUGAAACUCGUCGAUUUGCCAUGAUUCUGAUGCCAACUUUGACUGAUGCAUAUUCCAGCACUGUCAACCUCAAUGUCAGAAAAAAGGUCCUAAUCGCACAUCUCAAGAUCCUCUCCAACCUUGAGAUCUCCGUCAUCGAAGAAGCACUUCGACCUGUUCCGUAUGCUUCAUUCCUCGCAUCAAUUCUGUCCCAAGAGGAUCACCCGAGCCUGGUGGUAUUCGCCUUGGAAGCCUCGGAACUGUUGUUCGAAAGACUCGAGGAUAUUUAUCAAUACCAGUUCCAUCGCGAGGGUGUCAUUGGCGAGAUUAAGAAGCUCGCCAAUCGACCCUUGGGACGCUUUCGGAGCACGUCUCCGGCCACCGAGCUUGUUCGCAGCGAAACAAAUCGUUCAGGGCAAGAGAGAGAGGAGCUUGCAAUCAGCCAGUCAAAACCAUCUGGUAGUAGCCGACACCGAAAUACUGAACGCGGAGGCGAAGAAGACGAAGAGGAAGAAGAAGACGAAGAAGAAGAAGAGGAGGAAGUCAUUGAUGAUGACAUUGAAGUCGAUGAGGAUGAUGACCAUGACAACGAAGACCUCCAUGAUGACGAGGAUGAGAUCGAAGAUGAUAUUGACGAUCGACACGUUCACGACCUCGAUGACUCUCAAAGCUCGGAUUCUUCUGAAGAUGAGGCGCCUCCUUCUCCAUUAGCGAUUGCUGGCAUCGCUGAUCUCGUGGUGCUACGGGCAAAGAAGUUUUUGGAGAAGCAUGACACAAAGAAGGGCCGAGAGUUCAAAGAGAAGGCCAGACUUAUUCGCGAGGAUCUUCUCCAGCUUGCCCAAGACAUUGAGACAUUCUACCAUAGCUCAGCUGAUGUCGAAGCUGGCGGGCCCUUGUUCGCGCGUCUUGCAGGUUAUUUCGACGGCGAUGCAUUGGAGAGUAUCACAAGUUCAGAGCUCCUCGACUCCGGAAUCAUUCGCACUCUGCUCCAAGUUCUACCUGAUGGCGCCGAAAAGGUAUGCACUGCCGCCCGAGCCGACUUUGUGACUGCUUUCCUGGAAUCAACCAAUCAGAGCAACAUCAAAACCACAUCAUCCACUCCAACUCAUUUUAGUGUCCUCAUUCAGAAACUUCAGGAUUUGUUGAGCCGAGCUGAACAUUUCGAAGUUCUGACCGUGAACAAUAAUGCUUCUGAGAAUAGCCGAAGCAGUUCCACGUCAAUGCUUUCGCGGCAAAUUCGACUGAGACUCUCCGCAGACGGAGACAGUGACAUUCCUGCUACCUACCGCGAGAUGAUCGUUUCGAUUCAUGCGAUUGCAACCUUCAAGGCCCUCGAUGACUACCUGCGCCCACACUUCAUUCCUUCAGACCGUCCAGCCUCUGCCCAGCGCCGUCGCGACAUGUUGCAGCAGAUUGCCAAUGCUCGACUGGCCCAUUUGGCGGGGGCCGCUGAGUCAGGAUUGCUUUCGCCUUUUGGGCAAGAUCUAGGUGCGCCCGCAACGCCGCCUGCUGGUUCACGGUCCGCAUCUCGACUGUCGUCUCGGAACAAGCAACGUUCCCAAGAAACACCACCUUCGGAGAAGAAGGCGGACGAGACACCCGAGAGGAAACGUUCUUCUCGACGUACGCAAGCGUCUUCCACAAGUCUUCCACCAGCUGCCGCUCCAGAACCAAGUACAGAAGCUUCCGGCGAGAAACUGGAGUGUGCCGAUGAAAAGCCUCUGGAAGAUGAAAACAUGCCAGAAGGAGAAAACGAUGGUGCCCUCGAAGCUUUUGUUGACGGUCUCGAAGAAGACGUUUCUGACGAUGACUCUCCUGAGCCAGGUGCCGUCAACAUGGAAAUUGGGACGAGCGGAAAGGUGACAGCUCGCAAAGAAGAUGGCACUCGGGUUUUCACGCCUCAACCCGGGACGCCAGUAGCUGCAGGCACUCGACCACCCUCCUCUGGCCAGUCCCCAGGAGUGUCUCCAGCCCCGUUGGCAAGCACGUCCAGUGGUGGCAGGCAGUCAUACGCUAGUGCAUUGUCCUCAGUGCCGCAGGAUUGGCAUGUUGAAUUCAGUAUUGAUGGAAAGAUCAUCCCGAACAAUACCACCAUAUAUCGCGCUGUUCAUCACAAUCGAGAUCAGCCUCAGGAUCCAAUGGCCAGGAGCGUUUGGUCCGGCGUUCAUACUAUCAAGUUCAAGAAAGUCCGAGGACCUCCUCCUAAAACAUCAAACUUUCCUACUGGGAAUGAGACGGUGAAGCCCGAGUCUCGUGACGGACUACCAGCGUCCCUCGAUGGUCACCCUGUGACAUCGUCGAUUCUCUCUCUACUGCGCAUUCUCCACGAAUUGAACGCCAACCUUGAUGAAGUUAGGGAAAACAUUGGGCGGUCCGAUCUCAAGCUUUAUCAGGAGCCUCUAGCCUCUUUCAUCAACACUAAACUGACGGCGAAGAUGAAUCGCCAGCUUGAAGAACCCUUAAUCGUCGCGAGCAACUGCUUACCUGACUGGAGCGAGGACCUUGCUCGGUCCUUUCCCUUCCUAUUUCCCUUCGAGACCCGCCAUCUGUUUUUGCAGUGCACAUCUUUUGGCUACUCCCGUUCGAUGAUUCGCUGGCAGAAUACACAGUCGGAAAGCGAUGAUCGACGAGACCGUCGUCGAGAUGAGCGCCCCAUGCUUGGCCGUCCACAGCGCCAAAAGGUUCGAAUCUCUCGUACCCGUAUACUGGAGUCUGCUAUGAAAGUAAUGGACAUGUACGGAGCAUCCCCAAGUGUCCUCGAGGUUGAAUAUUUCGAAGAAGUUGGCACUGGCUUGGGUCCGACUCUUGAAUUCUAUUCGAGUGUUUCUAAGGAAUUCUCCAAGAAGAAGCUCAAGAUGUGGCGCGAAAACGAUUCUGCGGAUAAGGACCAGUUUGCCUUUGGCAAGAACGGCUUGUUUCCCGCUCCAAUGAGUGAAGCUGAGGCACACAGUGAAGCUGGCAAGAAGCUUUUGCUCCUUUUCAAAGGCCUGGGCAAGUUUGUCGCUCGAUCAAUGCUGGAUUCAAGGAUCAUUGACGUCUCGUUCAAUGCGACGUUCUUCAAGGUUGGCAGCUUUUCCAUCAAGCCUACAAUCGGCCUGCUCCGCUCGGUUGACCAGGAUCUUGCAAACUCCCUAUCUCAACUUCAGCAAUAUAUCAAAGCCAAAGCUAAGAUCCAGUCGGAUGCAUCUCUGACCAAAGCUGAAAAGAUUGAAGGUAUUGCAAACCUCACCAUUCAAGGAGCUCGUGUUGAGGACCUCAUGCUCGACUUCACUCUGCCUGGCUAUCCGCAUAUUGAGCUGUUGGAGGAUGGCGCCGAAACCGUUGUCACGGGGGAUAAUGUUCAGGAUUACGUUGACAAGGUACUCGACCUCAGUCUGAAUACUGGAGUUCGUCGACAAAUCGAGGCAUUCCAAAGUGGAUUCUCACAAGUUUUUGCCUUUUCGACAUUGACAGCAUUCACGCCCAACGAAUUAGUGAUGCUGUUUGGAAGGAAUGACGAAGAUUGGUCCAUCGAGACCCUGACAGAUUCGGUAAAGGCUGAUCAUGGCUACAACAUGGACAGCAAGAGCGUCAAAAACCUCCUCACUUGCAUGUCAGAGCUCACGCAAGCACAGCGCCGAGACUUCUUACAGUUUGUGACAGGGAGCCCGAAACUUCCCAUUGGAGGUUUCAAGAGCCUGACGCCCAUGUUCACGGUUGUCUGCAAACCUAGUGAACCACCAUACUCGUCAGACGAUUAUUUGCCCAGCGUUAUGACGUGUGUCAACUACCUAAAACUGCCCGAUUAUACCUCAGAGGAGGUUUUGAAGGAGAGACUUUUCGUUGCUAUUCGCGAAGGACAAGGCUCUUUCCACCUAUCUUGAAACCUUGAAAACGAUCAGCCGGCAGUAAAGUAGCAGAACAGCUAGAGGGAUGCUCUUAAUUGUCCAGAUAUAUGGACAUGACACAAUCUUCUGGGGCAAAGGAAGUCGUGAAGUGAGGGGCAACAGUCCAAUUUCGGAGUUUGAAGAUGGAUUGCGCUGCAUGGCUUGGGAAGUCGAGUCAUUGGGCAUUGUCUGCGGGGGAGUUGGGUCUGGCGGAGAAAAUGGUACUGAUACAAGGAUCAGCAGAAGCCUGUGACUAUGUAUCUGGUGGUGAUGGGCCGAUGUGAGUUUGUUUGGUACCUACUGACGACGGGCAUUAUGAAGGCCGAAACGACCGACCCAUGAAGUCGAGGAAUCGAAACGGCGGACGGUCCUGGCAGGCUUUCACUUACCACCCAACGUAUGAAUAAUGGCACAAAUUGACGUCAUUGAUUUCGAGCUACCAAGUAGACACGAAGAAACUACAGUAUGUAGUCCAUAAUAACGAUUCGACCAUAGAAGUAUUUAAUCAGGUA